AUGGUGUCCUAUUGUACGGUGGCGGUUCUGUUCCUUGCAGGAUUCGCUCAUGUCCAGUCUAAACGUAUCGUCGGUGGAGAAGAAACAACCAUCGAACAAUACCCUUACAUAGUUCAAGUGGAAACCUUGCCAAGUUUUGGAAGCUGGAGUUUGGGAUGUGGAGCUAACAUCCUCACUUCAAGAUGGAUUUUGUCAGCUGCACACUGUUUUGAAGGAUGGAAUUACACUCCAGCAGCAAGGCGUAUCAGAGCUGGUACCACGUAUUUAACCUCAGGUGGUGAUAUCCACUACGUUGAGUUUGAAAGGAACCACCCAGAAUACCGUCGUGUUGCACGUUUUGAUGCCGAUAUCAAUGUGGUGAAACUCAAGACUCCACUUGUCUACUCUAAUUACAUCAAGCAAGCCACCAUCGUUCCUCAGGGCUUUGUGGUUCCCGACAACACACAAGUGAUUCACGCUGGUUGGGGUGACACCACUUGGGGUGGAAGCCUCUCGAGAGUUCUCAAGCACGUUGAAAUGUACACGAUCAACAACGAAUUAUGCAGAACUAGAUACACACAACUGCCUGGAAACCAAAUAGUCACGCCCAACAUGAUCUGCGCUGGUCUUUUGGAUGUCGGUGGUCGUGAUGCCUGCCAAGGAGACUCUGGUGGUCCCCUCUAUGUUGGAAAAAUCAUCGUGGGUGUCGUCUCAUGGGGCCACAGAUGCGCCAACGCUACAUACCCAGGAAUCAGUACCUCUGUCGCAUCUUAUACCGACUGGGUACUCUUAAACGCUAGAGGCUAA